AUGGCUAUUGGUGAAUCUUUGAAUGAAAGACGACAGAAUCUUCUUCCAAACGAAGUUUCAGAUAACAAAGAAGAUAUUCAAUUGAUUUGGCUUGAUGGGAAUAUGAAUGAUUCAGAUGAUGCUCUUCUCAUUCAAACAAUGUUAAUUGAACUCAAUUCAGCUACUCAGUUUUAUUCUGACUUUGACCGAUGUCUCGAUUUAAUCAAAUCAAUCAAAGAUGAACAAAUCUUUCUUAUUGUUUCAGGUGCUUUUGCUCAACAAUUACUUUUACAAAGCCAUCAUCAUCGAUCUUUGAUUGCCAUAUUUAUUUUUUGUGCUGACGAUCAGUAUUAUAAACCAUUGAAGCAAGAAUAUAAUAAAAUUAUUGGAAUAUUUACUAAGCAAUAUGAUUUAUUAGAAUCAAUUAAAGAAAAAAUGAAUCUAGUUGAAAAACAAACAUUAACAUUUACUCUUUUUGAUCAUAAACAAAAGUCAUUAAAAGAUUUAUUACAGGAAUCAUCAUCAUUUCUAUUACAUCAAAUGUUAAUUUAUGUUCUAAAACAAAUGUCUCAAGAUGAACAAUCAAAAAAACAAAUGCUCGAUAUGUGCCGUGAUUAUUAUAAGAAUAAUAAACACGAAUUAAAGAAGAUUGAAGAAUUUGAAAAUACUUAUACUCGUGACAAAGCAAUUGAAUGGUAUAACGAUGAAUGUUUUCUUUAUAAACUAUUAAAUAAAGCACUUCGAACAGAAGAUAUUGAAUUACUCUUUACUUUCCGAUUCUUUAUUAUUGAUUUAUGUUCAGUUAUUGAACGCGAAAAUCAUCUUUUGAAAAAUGAAGGAACAUUAACUUUGUAUCGUGGAACACAAAUUCCAAAUGAAGAAUUUGAAAAAAUAAAAGAAAACAUUGGUAAAACUAUUUCAACAAAUGGAUUUUUAUCAACAUCAAGAAAUAUCGAUGUGUCACUUCAGUUUAUUCAUAAAAAUACUCAAUCAAAUGAUUUUACAUCGGUUUUAUUUGAAAUUAAAGCAAAUCCUUUAUUGACAACAGUGAUUUUUGCUGAUGUUAGAAAUAAAAGUCGAAUAGAAGGUGAAGAAGAAGUUCUGUUUAAUCUCAAUUCGCUCUUUAAAAUUGUUUCUGUCUAUUUUGAUUCUACACUUAAUGUAUGGAAAGUAGAAUUGAAUGCAACUGAUGAAGGUGCAGAAAAAGUUGAAGAAUAUCUUUCAUUAUCGAGACAAGAGAUGGAAGAAUACACACCACUUAUUUAUUUUGGCCGACUUCUCUUAUAUGAGUUGGACCAAGUAGAUCGUGCAGAAAAAUAUUUUAAUAUGCUAUUGGAAUCACUUCCACAUGAUCAUCCUGACAUUGCAACUGUUUAUAAUAAUAUUGGAUUAGUACAUAUGGAGAGAGGUGAAUUGAAUUUGGCAUUGAAAAACUAUGAGAUAGCUUAUGAGAUGCGUCGAAAACAACUACCAUCUAAUCAUCCUGACAUUGCUGGUUCACUCAACAAUAUUGGUAUUAUUUAUAGAGCAAAAGGUGAUCUUAAUACAGCACUCGAUUAUAUGCAACAGACUUUGACAAUUGAUGAAAGCGUACAUCCAGGUAAUAAUCUAGGAAAAGCAAUAACAAUCGAAAAUAUUGGGAGAGUAUACAUGGAUAAAGAAGAUUUGGAUACGGCUCUUACUUAUUUGUCUCGUGCUCUCGAGAUGUAUAAACAUGUUCUCCCUGAUCAACACUCUCAGACAGCAUUAUGUCUCGGUGGAAUAGGAUAUGCUCAUGAGAAGAAAGGUAUUUUAGAUAUUGCUCUGGAUUAUUAUCAACAACAAUUAAAUAUGGAAGAACAGUGUUUACCUUUCGAACAUUCAAAUCUUUCAAUUCAUCUCGGUUGGAUCAUUAAUACUUAUAAAAAGAUGAAUGAAAUUGACAAAGCCUUAGACUUGUGUCAACAAAAACUUCUUAUUCAAAAAACUAGAUUGGGUGAAAAUCAUCCUCGUAUUGCUCGAACAUUAAUGAUUAUGACUGAUUUGAUUAAGGAUGACAAUCCAGACAAAGCACUAAAAUACUAUGAACAAGCUCUAUCCGUAUUGAAGAAUUGCACACUCUCUGAUUAUCAAGCUACUUCUGAAUGUUUGACAUCAAUGGCUUAUUUAUAUUCCAAGAAUGAUAUGAUAGAAGAUGCAUUACGAUGUCAACUUAAAGCACUUGAACUCUUUCGUCAAACAUUGUCUUCUGAUCACACUUACAUCGCAAUAAGUUUAAGAAAUCUUGGCUUAUGUUAUAAAAAAAUGAAUAACUUAUCGGAAGCACAUCGUUAUUUCAAUGAGAGUCUUUCGAUCUAUCAAGCUAAUUAUGGACCAGAACAUGAAAUGGUGAAAAGAGGUGAAGCAGACAUUGCCAGAUUGAAAGAGAAACAAUUGUCACUAUCAGCUCAUGAAGAAGAACAAAGAAAAUUCAAGUAA